GGAGGUGAAACUCACAUGUCCAAAGUAUUUUGGACAAUCUGAGUUUUAAAAAAACUUUUCCAGGAAAAUUUUUCAUUAAAAUCCAGACCGUCUAGAACACUUUUUGACGAUUGCGAUUGAUUGCUGUUGUAAAGAACUUAAUUACAGCUCCGCCGUAUAUAAGUUUUCUCUCCUAAAGAAACUAUUUUAAACAAGAUAUAUGAUAAAAGUCUAUUUCUACGCCAUCGAAGAAAAUAUAUAAUAAAAAUCACACCAACAUUGAUAAUCAAAAGGGAGAGCUUAGUAAGACUUUAAAUUCUUUAUGUUACCCCACAAAACAAAUAUGGCAAUCAUUAAGGAGGAACAUGGGUGCCACCCGAUAGUUGAAAAAACUUCAUACCCCAAAAAUCAAACCACCCCCCACAAGUCCUGUUCUCUUCUAUAUAUAUAAUCUUCCUAAUACCAUAAUCUCCCACAAAUUCCCCAACCAAAAAACAACUCUCUCUGUGUUUCUCUAUCCCAAUGAAUCUGUUCUCCGGCGCCAUCACCAUAGUCCUCCUUAUAAUCUCAAGCAUCGAUGCCAUUGCUGGCCGAAAUGAUUUUGUGAACAGAAUCAUGGCUCCCCAGAAUGCAGCACGGGCUGUCCUUGGACUGCAUCCGUUGGUAUGGGAUGGGAGAUUAGCCCAGUACGCGAAAUGGUACGCCAAUCAAAGACGGGGGGACUGUCUUUUGAAGCAUUCCGGAGGGCCUUACGGGGAGAACAUCUUUUGGGGCAGCGGCAACGGGUGGACCCCAGUUCAGGCUGCCAAUGCGUGGGUUUCCGAGCGGCCGUGGUACAACUAUGGGUCAAACUCUUGUGCCGGCGGGCAGCAAUGUGGGCAUUAUACACAGAUUGUGUGGAGGACAACGACGAGAAUUGGGUGUGCUAGGGUUGUUUGUUUUGAUGGGAAGGGGGUUUUCAUGACUUGUAACUAUGACCCUCCUGGAAAUUACAUCGGACAGAGGCCUUAUUGAUUGUCUAAUUUCUUCGUAUAUAUAUCAUCAUCAUAACCUCUUUCGUGGGAAUGUUGACAUUUUACUACGAUAUGGAAAAUCUCUUUCUAUUCGCCUA